AUGAAGACCGAAGGUAAGAAAAAUAUUCAUUUGACAUUUUUUGUCAUUGCAAUGGCAUGUGCCUUUGAUACAAGUUGUGUGGCUGCAAUGGUUGCAUUGAAUCAGAACGUUCAAGAAGAAUUCAAUAUAUCGUAUACUAAGGCUACAUGGGGUCUAACAAGUUAUGCUAUCACAUUUGCUGGUUUUAUUGCUUUUUUUGGUAGAUUGGGUGAUAUUGCUGGGAAUCAUUAUUUAUUCUCGAUCUCAACUUUAUUUUUCUCAAUUUGUUCAUUAUUGUGUGCAACUGUUCCAAAUUUCGAGGCGUUUUCUGUCUUUAGAGCUCUUCAAGGUAUAGCAGGUGCUGGUAUUGUACCAUCAAGCUACGCCCUGAUUCCAACUCUAUUCGAUGAUUCUGAAGUUGCCGCAAAAUUCUUAUCAGUAUUAUCUAUUGUGUUUGCAGCAUUCUUUGGUAUUGGGUUUAUCUUAGGAGGUGCUUUUGCUAUGUCUAGUGAUGGUUAUAGAGGUUUAUUUUAUUUAGUUUUUGCGGUUUUACUCUUAAUAUUUAUUAGUAGUUAUUGGCUAAUUCUACCAUUAGGUAAGCAUUUAGCCUCAGAAGAUAAUGAUAAUGAUGAUGAAGUUAAUGAUUGGACAGAAAAGAUGCGUUUAAUUAAAUUACUUGAUUAUCCAGGUUCAUUUUUCUUCAUUGCUGGUAGUAUAUUUAUCGUUGUUGGUUUAACAGAAGGUGGUGAGUCGUGGAAAAAACCAGUUGCAUAUGUAUGUUUUGUUGUCGGGAUUGUAUUAUUGGGAAUUUUUUUUACUUAUAAUAUAUUCUUUUCGAAAUUUUUGGUGGCAUUGGAAUGGGCACAUUUGAAUAGGAUGUACCACUAUAUGAGUACGAGACAAAUUCUGAUUCCUCAACAAGUUAUGUGUCUUCCUAAUUUUUGGCCUGCAAUGAUAACAUGUUUCCUAAAUUAUUGUUGUUUUCUAUCAAAUUUUUAUAUAAUCAAUCAGUAUAGUUUAUUUGAAGAAAAUAAUAGUCCAAUUAUUGCUUCAAUAAAAUUACUUCCAGUAGUUAUCGCGUUAGUUUUAUCAAAUUGCGUUUCAUUAUUUAUACCAAAUACCUUGGGUCCUAAAAAUGGUAUCAUUGUUGGGUUUGUCUUCAUGUUUGCAUCAUCUAUCAUUUUAAUUCAGAUUAAAGAACUUCAAACUGAGUUGUUUUGGAAAUUAUUUUUUGUAACAGGGUUGAUUGGAGGAUUUGGAUCUGGAUUAUAUUUCCCAUAUAUGUUACGUAUCACCGUUGGUGAAGCACCCUUAGAAUAUAAAGGUAUCACUUCCGGUGUAAUGCAAACAUUCGGUCAAUUUGGAUCUGAGGUUACUUUUUCCGUUCUAGCGUCUAUUCUUGGUGAAUUGACAGGAUCAAAAGCAGACAUUAAGACAAGGUUUCAAAAUACUUCAUAUUUUUCAUUGGCUAGUAGUGUAUCUGGUUUACUAAUCAGUGUGGUAUUCUUAAGGGAACAUAAAGUCACAGUUCAUGACUUAAAAAGUCAAGAUAGCGAUGAAUCAGGAAGUGGACAUUCUCUCUCGGGAACCGACCAUAUUGAAGAUAUUGAGAAAGGUGAGUCAAAAGUUUGA